CCAACGGAGUCUUUAGCGGGUAUUAGAUGCGUAACGUAAACCCCGCCCCCCAUUAAAAAAAACUUUCUAACUGGCUUUGUAGAUAUUCGGAAUGACCAAACCACUCGAAGAAUACAAAAACGUUACCUGGCAACGGACCGCUUGGUUAGUUGAUCAGACAAGAGCAGACGUACUGAGUCAGUUCCGACAAGGCGAUAGCCCGUCAGUCACAGUUAAGAUGGCCACCCUUAGCAUCAAGCCGGGGCACCGCUACAGCGUGCCCGACUGGGAGACCAGCAACAGGCAAAUAGCGGACACCGCAGGCGACAAGCGGAACGUAUCGCACGAGGUCCGCCAGGAGGCCCGGACUCUACGCAAUGAGACCUCCAAUAAGACUUUCUGGGACAAGAGCGACAACUCUCGCAGGCUGAGGGACCGAAUCACGGACCUAUCGCGCUGGAAGGAGAACUUGGCGGCCUGCGCGCGGGAGGUGGACGCCGAGAUGGAAGCCCUCACGCUGACCAAGGAGGAGUUGGAGAGGACGCUGGCUGCCACGGCUCUCCCCCUCGAGGUGGCGGUCGAGUGCCUCACCCUGAGGGAGCGUCGCCGCGGGACCGAGCUGGUCAACGAUCCCGUGGAGGCGGAGCUUAAAAAAGAGGUGGAGGUGAUCGGCGGGAUCCAGAGGACGCUGCAGCACCGAAUCAGCAAAGCUUUCGAGCAGAUCUGUUUGCUGCAGGAGGCGAGACACCAGCUGACCUGUGACAUCCAAAACAAGAUGGACGCCCUAGACGUGGACGGCACCUCUCUGCUGCUCACUGAGACCUCUCGAGAUAUCUCUCUGAAGCCCAACCCCAUGCGCAUGCUCCCGGGUUUCACUAGUCCCCAGCAGUGGGAGCUGUUCAGCCGGUCCAAUGUGAGCCGGGCCCGGGAGGAGAUGCAGGCUUCACAGCAGCUGAGGGGAGACAUGAAGCUGACCAAGGCUCAGGUCCUGAUUGAGCUGCAGGCCCAGCACAUGGCCACGGACUUCGCCCUCCGAAAACGUGCCCACCAGCUGGAGCGGGCAUGCGACGAGAUGGCCUGGCAGCUGAAGCAAACUAAAGAUGAGAUGACAGAGCUGGAGCAGGACAUCCGUGGGCUGGAGGAGGACCUUGUGGCCAAAACCGCUCCCCUGAAGCUGGUCCACACCCGCCUGGAGAACAGAACCAUGAGGCCGGGGGCGGACCUGUGCCGAGAUGAGGUGCAUUUUGGCCUGGUGGAGGAGGCGCAGCAGCUGGAGGCCACCAUUAGGGCCCUGAAGGAGAAACUGGCCCAAGCACAGCAUUCGCUCCAGGCCCUGCAGCAGCACCAGGCCUGCAUGGGGGAGGACCUGUCCCGCAAGCAGGACGCCCUCACCCUGGAGCAGCGCAGCCUGGAGACCCGCCAGCGCCUCGUGGCCACCGCCCAAACCGAGCUGACCCCCAGCGCCGUCGUCCCGCUCGCCAACUCCAGCGGGAGGCACGCCCUGGACCUGCUUUAACCCUGCCCGAAGUUAUAACCCCGCCCCCAACGCACUGCACCCUGGUCUCUACACACCCCUCCCAUCCUGUUAAAUCGCUGCACUGUUUUUUUGAGAGUUUGUGUUCUUUGAGUCCGCAUGUGUUCUUGUGCUCUUGUACUUGGUUCAAUUUAGUUAGGAUGUGUGUUUCUUCUGUAGGAAAACUGACAUUUCUCACUGUGUUGUAUUGCUGCUGUAUAUCCAAUUAUAUACAUUCAAUUGUAAUAUGUUAUAUAAUGUCUUAUAGUCUAUAUUACAUUGCAUAUGUAUUAUUAGGAUUUAAUGAUUUUGAGUGUCUGCAAGUGUAUGCCACAGUGCACUUAUUGUAUUAACAGAAAGACCAGUAAAGCAGUGACAUUGCAUGCAUUUCUGUGCUUUCCCUUUGGUAUGAAUCUUGGAAAGACUAGAGUUAGAAAUCAGCUCUCUUUGUCUCUAGUCAGUAGCUCCAGAGGAGAUCAGAUUGAGGUCAAAGGUCGGUCAUG